UCGGUUGUGUCUGAGAAAUUACGCUUGAUUUGGCCAUCGCUUUAUCAAUUAAACUUACAUUUGUUUAUUUUUCUUGUUUCAAAUGUAUCGCUUCAAAUCAGUGUUAUUGUUUUUUGUUCUUGUGAACGUUUGCAAUGGUCAGCAGAAUACGCAAAACUUGACUGAAAAUGAAAUUCGACCGUACGAAUUCACUUUUAAUAUCGCCGAUUUUCAACAUCGAUCGGAAAAAAGAGAUGACGAUGGGUUAAUUUCUGGUGAAUAUGGGUUUAUAACAGCUGACGGCAUUUAUCACGAAACUGCUUACACGACGAACAAAGAAGGAGACUUUAUCGUAACGAAAAUGAAGCAUAGAAAAGUUUUGAGCUUGAAAGAUGCAGUAGAUAUAUACAAGGACAAACCCGAGCAAGCGAAGAUACUCGAAGAAUCGAUGAAGAGACCCUGUGCCGAUUGCGAAACUGGUGAAUUAGAUAGGCAAGAGUCAGCUUCAUUUAUUAAAGUUGAAACGACCCCUCAACCUCCGAGGAGAAAUGAUGUUCGUUUUGAAAAGCGAUUUGAACAAGUGACCAAAGAAAUGAUGAAGAUUUUGAAUAAAAAAUUAGAAGACACGCUGAAAGGGAACGCUGAAAGCUUAUAUACUUUGAAAGAUUCUCAGAAAUUACCUGGAUAUUAUAAUCGACUAGGGAAAGAAUUAAAUGCACCCAAUAAAAAUGCUACAUACGAGGUUAUCCGGGACAUGAUCGAGGCGGCCAAAAAAACCUUAGGAGAGGAUAAUGUUGGAAAUGAUGAAGUUAAUCUAGCCCUUCUUGAAAAAAUGGCCAAUGAUCUGUUCUAUAAAUUCAAUUUUACCAGUUCUUCACAUAGUCACUGGGAAGAUGGUUUUCGAGAUGGUAGAAAAGAUGGUGAGUUCAAUGCCAAGUUCAAAGAUGGGAUUGACACGCACGUAAAAUAUACAUCGAACGAAUUUGGAUACCAACCUAAUAUAACUCUAGUUCCGAGGCAAAAAGACGAUCGCGAGAAUAUACCGAUUACCAAAAAUCUUCGUAUCGAUAAGAAUGAAAAUUCCCAAAAAAAUUUGACCACGACAGAAAAAGUUCCGUAUAAAGGAUAUUAUUUUAAUUGGUUAGGAAAAUAA